CUGCCUUAUAUUGUCCUCCAAAAAAAAAAAGUGAAAAGGAGUGUUUGGGUCCAUGAUAUUAAUGUAAAACGACUCGAGUAUGGUGAAUUUCAUACAUUGUAUCCAGACUUACAAAAAGAUGAUAAACGUUACAAAAUGUACUUAAGAAUGAAUGAAAACCAAUUUGAUUUUCUUCUUAAUCUGAUUGAAAAUGAUAUCGAAAAACAAAUGACACAGUUUCGGAAACCGAUAUCUGCAAAGGAGCGUCUAGUGGUGACUUUGAGGUUUUUAGCCACAGGAGAAUCAUUUAGAUCGCUAGGAUUUAGAUACAGGAUAGGAUUCAGCACAAUAAAAGCUAUCGUUCUGGAUGUAACUAUUGUCAUUUGGAAAAAUCUAAAAGAUAUUUUUAUGCCAAAACCGACUAAAGAAAAGUGGAAACAAAUUGCGAAAACGUACAGUGACAAAUGGCAGUUUCCUAAUUGUGUGGGAAGCUUGGAUGGGAAGCAUGUUAUGCUGUUUUGCCCAAAUAAUGCGGGAACGUCAUUCUAUAAUUACAAAGGCCGACAUUUUGUCGUUCUUUUAGCAUUAGUUGACGCUAACUACAAAUUCAUUGCAGUUGAUGUUGGGGCCUUCGGACGUAACAGUGACGGUGGUGUAUUUGCUGAGUCAAAACUGGGAACUUCAUUGGCGACUAACACUGCAGAUAUACCAGCAGAUACACCAUUGGAAAAUGGUGGUGAGCCCAUGCCACAUGUCAUUAUAGGAGACCAAGCGUUUCCAUUAAAACCAUAUUUAAUGAGACUAUACAGUAAAGAAGCUGUUUCUAAUAACGCAAAUAAAAAGAAUUUCAAUUAUAGAUUAUCACGUGCAAGGAGGACAGUCGAAAACGCAUUUGGCAUUUUGUCAGCAAGAUGGCGGAUAUUUCAUACAGAUAUUGAAGUACAACCAGAAAUUGUCGAUAACAUCAUUUUAUGCUGUUGUUGCUUACACAACAUGCUACGGAACGACGAAGAUGACAACACUGGUGUACCAGAUAACUUUAUAGCAUUUGAAGGUAUUCGUAAUAAUUCUACCCGAGCAGCAUGUGUUAUUCGAGACAAGUUUUGUGAUUACUUUAGUUCCGAAAAUGGAAGUUUGCCUUGGGAAAAUCAAUAA